ACCGAUUUCAACAUUUGGAAAGAGAAUCAAAUGAAAUAGCUUUGCAACUGACAUAAGCACACAGUCGAUAUGAAAGUGAGUUUCUAGUUAAAUUGGCGGCAACUGUAGGGUGGUAGCUCGGGGCUGGUGAAAAUGUCAUUUGUAGUGACGAACCAGAGCGUAAUCCGAUUUGGGAGCACCCAGGAAGAGGACGAUUUGGAGCGGACAUUGAUGUUUUUCAAUGUCGGUAUAUCGACGGGGGGGCUGAGCAACGACCAUCAAAACGAGAUUACCGCUUCAAGGACCUUCGAUGGGAAUGAAAAGCGACGUAAUCCCGGUGGCGGGACAAACAAUCGGAUUGGGGAAAGUACAAUGUCGUUUUGCCAGCAAAACAAAUUCUUUGCUCAGAGUCAAAAUAGUUUUGAAGCGUCUGGAUGUAAUUUGAGGCAAUAUGGAAAACGGGUUUCGGGAGGAAAAAGGGAUAAUUCCGCCUAUACGGAGAGUCGCCGACACUUUCACUAUCAUUCGAAUAAACCCAAAAGGAUCUAUCAUUUGGAAAAUACAAGUUUCCAACGGCCUACUCGUGAUUAUAACAAAGCCAUCGACCCAGACGAAGUUGGGAAUAUGGCCAGCAACAUGUUUUCUCCGGGGCUUUAUCGGACGCAAGUAACUGAAACCGGUAAUCCAUUGGCCUUGCGUGCCUCUAUUUCCCAUCAUGGAAAUUACAGAAAUUCUGAAUACUAUACAAAUUUAGAAGAGUCCUCACAAGCCGAAGCACCACUUGGAAAUGUCUUUUCUUACCCAGACGACCCUCCCGAAAUAGAUUAUAGACGAGACUAUGGAACACCCUUGCCCCGCGGCUCAGAAAAUCCUCGUAGGAGAAACAAACAAAGAGAAAUUUCUGGAUCACCACCACCGGAAUAUCAAUCAAAUUAUACCAACAGCAACUUUAAUCAUCACAGUGGCUUUGAAUUCAAUAAUCCAUAUUAUAACAGCGAUAAGUUAUAUGACCGGUAUUAUAAUGUCGAUGAAUACUUCAAUGAUAGAUAUGUUGAAGAAGGCCACGAAGCAUCCGAUCAAUACAAAUAUCGCCCAGAUUACGAGUACUACGAAGAACGACGUCCUUCUCUCCCAUUACCCAUUCCACAACCUAAACAAUGUAGAAGAUAUAGAAAUCCAUCAGCUUCAUAUAGUGGACAGAGAGAGGAGUCUGAACGAUACCACAAGCCUGAAAAAAACUAUAGUGGCAAAAAUUCAGAAUCCAAAAGAUACCGUAAUAAUGAAAUUCAUAGUUAUCGGAUAGACAGAGAAGUACCAGACAAGAAUUAUCGGCACGAUGAAGAUGCCUUCAGAAGAUAUGAUAAUGUGUCAAAAGAAAUUUCUCGUCUUUCUUCACCCAAAAAAUACCAUUGCAGUGAGCCAAUCGAGAUAUUCAGGCCAGAUAUUACCAAUAGUCAUGCUGAAAGAAAAUACUGGCCAGAUAGAAAAUCACGAAGGAAAUAUAAAAAUGACUCUUCCAAGAAACAUCCGCGGGAAUAUUUUCGCAAUCGCUCAAGGCAUCCAGAGCUUGAGGAAAUACCUCGAUCCCAAAAACUUUCAGGAACAGAUUCCUGGGGUCAUCCCAAUCAGUACGUGCAUCCCAGAGAAUGCAACCGCCUUGAGAAGCGGAAGCAUCACAAGUCAACACCUAAUCAAAAAAAGUUUGGAUAUUUUGCUGAUUCGAAUAUCGGUAACGACAUACCACAUAGGUUUUUAGAAAAAACAAGGACGCCGUCAUCCAUAUUUUUUACUAUCGAGAUACCCUAUAAAAAAAAGGAUCGUGGACACUCAACGCCUCCUAAAAACUGGAAUAAAAGACGCGGCUCGGGGUGUGAUACUAUUGCACAAGAUUCGGUUUCUGCCUGCGAACUUAACAAAGAACUUUCAGAGGUAAACAGCCAUAGAAAAAAAUGUUCUGCCUUUGAACUUAACAAGGAACCUACGGAGGUGAAGUGCCACCGAAAAAUAGAAAAUGUUUUCAAGCCCCACCCAUCUUUGUUCGAUGUGAAAACUCGUCGGUGUCGCAAAACUAUUAAGCAGAAAAUUUCUGGUUUUUUGAAGAGAUCAAAACUUUGUUUAAAGAGAUCGACCAAUUUUAAAAGAAAAUCUAAGGUCAUGAAGUCUUCCUGCAAGUCAUUACAAGGUCAUUUAAAUGGUUCGAAGCUUAGUGUUUGCAAUUUAUUAGGACGAAGUACCACAGUGUCCCGCAAGCAAGAAAGGAAUAUGUCGAGCGGUCCGAAUAUCUUAAAAGGAAAAGCCGGUAGUUCACCUCGAAAUGAGGAUUUUUCGAGAAACAGUAACGAGUGUUUCAUAGAAGAAAAUGAUCCGUGUAAACACGACGAAAAUGGAUCCCAUCAGUAUUUUUGUAAAAAGGCAAGAGAAUCCAGGUAUCCCACCGUUUAUAGGAACUGGAAAAAGGAUCGGGAAAACGAGGAUAAAUACCAGCAGUACUCCAUGUACAAUUUUGUGAGUUCAAAUCAUCGGUGCCGCAGGAGCAGACCGGAAAGUGAGCAAUAUGACCAUGGACUGGCCUCUUGGAGAACUGAAUAUAUUAAACCUAAAAUAGACAAAGUGGUUUCCCCACGGGUUUCCAGUGGAAAUUGCAGUUUGUAUAGUGAAGACAGGAAGAAUGAGAACGAAUCCAGUCCCAGUCAAAUUAACGUGUGCCUAACCAUUCGCGCUGAAGACUUGAGUUUGACCGGAAAUCCUAGAAUUGUUUCCUCCAAAGUAAUUCGAGGCUCCCGCCUAUCCAACGAGGAUGUUAAAAUGAGUGUUUCGAACGUCUCCUUGACUCGAAAAGAGAGUGACAGCGAUGCCUUUAGAAGUGUGCGAUUCUCCACAACUAGUUGCUCUUCUAGAUCCAACAGUUCCCAAAAUUGUUCGUUCAUGGCUGAAAACGGCCAAGUUCCCUGUAAGAGGAAAACUAUUGAGUCGUGUUCAAGGCCUCCUGGUCGAACGUCGCCUGGUCGAAGGUCAUCGGGCUCAUCCAACAGCUGUCGACGUCUCCGAAGUAAAACUAGUAGUAAUUCGAAUAGUCAGAAAUGCCACAUUAAGCUGAAUAGCCAAUGUUGCUCUAAGCGAUCCAGACCGAGUGUGUGUCCUAGACCGCAGUCCAAUUUGAACAGAAAGUCCAGUUUGAAGGGGGUUAGCCAAAACUGCGGAAAAGAUAUUCCUAAAAAAAGAGUUUGCCUUAAUACAAAAACUUCGAAUUAUUGUCUUCCAAAAAUUAGCUCUGUGGAUGACUGCUCCGGAAUCAGUAGUCUCUGUUCCGGAGAUAUACGGAAUAUAAAGCCUUAUUGCUGUCGCCGAUCCAAAAGUCACAAUGCCAAUUUUGGAGGAUGUCAAAGAUCAAAAGUCCGUUCAGGACAAAAACCAAGAAGAUGCUCAUCAGCACCCGUAACAAAAAUUUGCUCAUUGCCGCCUUGCUCACCAGAGACCGGUUCCCGUUGCUCCCAGUCUACUAUAAGUAAAGACUCUGGCUCUUGUAAUCGGAAAAAGACUCAUCCAGAAAAUCUGCAACUUGCUUGCAUGCAUGAUGAUUGUUCCCCUCGAAUAAAAUGCAAUGGCUCGAAUACCAGCAGUAAUACAAUUUUGUCUUCUCGGGGUAAGGCCGCAACAACGCGGGGCGACUUGUGUUACCCCAACCUGGCAGACGACUGGAAACAAAAAUCCAAAUACCCGCGAAGUUUUGUGGAGGAACUGAAACGAGAGCUUUUGCUAAGUUUCAGGCAGGAUCAGACUCUCGAGGCUCAAAGACCCUGCUUCCGCCCUACACCCCUCAUGCUUUUACCCUGCGUCCCCGAAUCCAUGCGCCAGCCCAAUGGAAAUCUGACUCAAACUACCUUUUGUGGCGCGGAACCUGUGGUAUGCUGGGCACCAUGCUCCAACCCACAGGCUCGUUUUUGAGAGUACGCACCAGAUUUUAGUAAUAUCUUAUCUCAUAUAAUAACUAAAAUCCUUAGAUUUAAACUAGCCCGUGGGUUGGACACUAGUCUUCAGCAUAUGUUCAGGUUCUGAUGCGAAAAUUGACUGACAAAAAUAUCCCAAACAGAAGCCGCCAUAAGACAUGGUUUUAUUAAAAAACACUUUCAUAAAAAAAUUAGAUGGUAUUUCUUGAGAAGUUUUGGUUUAUUUUUAUUAUAAGAUGCUUUAAAAUUGAAAAAGGCGUGGGUCGCAAAUUAAAAUGAAUUUGAGCUUCAAAGCGUUUUA